AUGGUGCAUAUAUCAAACCGGAAUAUCCAGGCCCUGAAAAUAUUCUUCUCCUCCUGGAUCAUAGUCUUGUUGAUAGUAGGAAUCAUCAUAGAUGAAUGGGUUGAAUUGAUUCUAGAAGGAAAAGGUACCAAGGUAAAACACAGUCCAUGGAUGGUGUGUUGCAGCAAGGAUUGGCCAGAAGAUGAACUGAAACUGGUCAGGGUCAUGUUGAUUUUGAUCCUCAACCUCUCCUUCUUCCUUAACUUGAUUAUGGGUUUGGAAUCCACCUAUAUAAUUCCUGAAAGUACGUAUUUCCACCUCAUCAAUGCCAGCCUCAGUUUCCUCUCAGGUAUCCUUCUGCUCUGCGCACUCCUACUGUACCACCUGAAACUGAGGGAAGGUAAAUCCGUGUACUUCACUAAUUACAAAAUCAACUGGAUGGGUUUCGCCGGCUACAUAAACGUUUUAUUCUUUUUCAUCUGUGCAACCCUGUCUCUCCUACAGUGCAAGAAGCCCAGUACUACCUGUGCCUGCCUGAACAGGGCAGAAAAAUCUGCCACGAAAUGCAAUGAAGUAGGGAGUUCAAUCCAAGUGAUUUCACUGCCGGCGCGCUCUGCAAUGCCUCGGAGCAUUGUCCGCACACACUCGGACACCGGGAAGGAAGAGAAUCCCAACAGACAGCAGAUCCACGCUCGGCGUGUCACCUGGGCGCUGUGA